AUGGGUCAGGCGGGCAGCCAGCCAGCGCCGGCUGUGCCGCUGCGGGCGCGACGUGCGCACACGCUGCCGCAUGAGCCGCCACGGCAUGCACCCAAGGUUCUACCGUCGCUGCCGGAGUCACCACGGCUUCGCAGCACUGACAACGGCGCGAUCUUGCAAUCUGGUGGCACCAUCAGUGGACGUCGACCUGUCUCCAUAAUGCAUGAUGUCACCAGAGUGCCCCAUGGACAUGUGCACGCUAACAUGUACCGAUCUCGUUCGGCGGGAGCUCCUGGAGAUAAUAGCGAGUUACGAGCUAGAGAACGGGAUCCCUUACAUCGGUCACAUACAAACCUUGAUCUAAGGCAUAAUGACAAUAGCAAUUUAAAUAAAAGAUUUGGAUCAGAGCCUGACCUGAGAAUUGAGGAAGAACAACAAAAACCAAAAUGUAAUAAACAUUUCCGAAAAAAAUACAGAGCUCCGCCGCCUCCAACAAAUGACGUUAUCGAGGGUUCUUCACCUGAUUCCAGUGAAGGAAACGCGAGAUUAGAACCCCAAAGAAAAUUGAGGCUUUUCAAAACCAGAAAUGAAACCAAAAAGUUGAACGGUCAAGUAGAUAAUAAAUUGCCAAUCUAUAGAAAUAAAAAUAUAAUAACAGAAUAUAGAUCCUUGGAUUUCAAUGAAAAUCAAGCUUUUGAAAGACGAUACCGAUCACCUUGUAAAGAUAAAGAACAACAUUACAAAUAUCCUGACAGCAAAGAUAUGGUGCAAACAAACGCGUCACUUAAAAGAGAAGAACGAAUAUUACAAACGAAACAGGAUUAUAAAAAAACGAGAAUCGAUAGAGUGAGUGGGUGUAGAGCGAAAACAUCCAAAACUAUCGAACAAAGUGAAGCGUGGAAGACGCCACUUCUUAAUAGAAAUUUCAGAUAUUCUGAAAGAUUCAAACGAGAAGACAGUGAACAGCCGUCCCUGAGGAGAGAAAAGACUUUCGAUAAUACUUUAAUAGUGAAUAAAAAAGAAAGUGACUCUCCAGCCAUACAUGAAAAUAAGAUUAAAAGUUUAGGUGACCAAUUAAAAAGCAGUCAACUCAGUCCGUUAGCUAAUAGUAGUAAGCCUAUGAGAAAAUCUCUUCCUUCACUAUUAUUAAAAAAUAAUGAAGAAAAAGAUGAAUUCCAAGCCGAACUCAAAAAGGCUACUAAUAGAAUUAGGAACGAAUUAGGCAAUAAAAUUAAUGUUAGUGAAAAUAAAACUAGUCAAAAUGAACAAUCGAGUACGCAAAAACCAAACCCAACGAAAUCAACAGUCCAGAGUAAAGUCAAAGAGUCUAGUCUUAAAACAAACGUUGUUAAUAAACAAGAUACGAAAAGCAACGUCAAUAAACAGGAUACAAAAGCCUUAAUAAAUAACAGACGUCCUUUGAAUAGAUUAAACGAAACUAAAACCAAAACAACAGCCCCACAAACUAAUAUUAUUGCAAAGAAUAUUGCAGCAGUUAGUAAACAUAAAUAUAAUAGCAAAGAAAAUGGUCGAUCUAUUCCUGACAGAGGACAAGCUUCUGGUAAGGAAUCGUCACCCGAACAUUCUCCAACGAGAAAGAAUGAUGCCAUCACACAUGAAAACAUACACGAUAAGCAAUCAAAGACAGCGCCUUCAAAACAAUUCUAUUUUGGUAUGAUUGAAUCAAAGCAAACUGAAAAACGUGACCACCUCAAAGACUUCCCGGGUCUAGGCAGUCCCAUCAUUGAAGAGAUCAGUAACUUCCACCUAAUCGAAAAGAAGCUAUUAGGCUAUAAUGAAGAAAUAGAUGAAGAUGCUGAAUUCAAAAAAUUCAAUGCGAAAUUAAAGGAAGAUUGUAAAGUAAAAAACUUGUCAUCGGAGUCAGCCUUAUCUUCGGAUGGCUCGGAAGGUGAAGGCUCGGACGGUUCACUGGGUAUUGCCCUACGACUGCGACCUACUUUGCCCAAAAAACAGCCUUCAAUGCCUCGUUUUUCACCAGCAGCGGCAUGGCGGCAGCUUGCCACUUUAGACGCUCAUCUAGCUAUUGAAACUCAACCUCUGGCUGUGGAAACAAAGAUGUCAGCAGAUAUAACCGCUGAAUCGUCGCCGAGAUCGGAGCAGUCAGUGGAUAAGUCGGGAGAUUCAGGCAUCUCGGGUGACCAUGCACAUAGCGACCACAGGGUGGACUCACCCUCCAGGCAUAAUACCCAAGAAUCGUCACCAGCCGCAUGGACUCCACAGCAAGACCUCGGUGACAGCAGUUCGGAUGGAGCUGGAGGAACUUCCCUCCAUGUAGGUGGCCAAGUUGGUGGCCGUGUUGCCACCUAUAGUCCUGGCGCCCAGCCCUUCAGUCUUUCCCUACCCAGAGACGGACAGGAUCGGGGUAAGCCGUUGCAACAAGGGUUCAACAGUCUGCAGAAGUUGCGGAAAUCAGUGUCGGGUGCUUUGGGCGCAGCUCUCGGCUCCAGGCGGUUUGAUCUGGAACACGAGCCAAUGUUGCAGGAGCCGGAGCAGAACUGGUUCCUUACAAAGUCAGCACCGAACUCUUUGAGUAAUCCACUGCUGUUCCAAAGGAAGCCAGAGGAAAGCGGCGCGUGGCGUGCCAAUAACUCGUACUUGUCAUGGGGUGGUCACGUGAUGUAUCUGCCCCCUGCACCCGCAGCACCCGACCAACCUCUCUCCAUGUUGGGCCCUAUUGAUAGGCCUAUUAGGAGCAAAUCAAGCGGUUGCUUAGAAGCAGCGGCGAGAGCAGCACGAGCGGCGCUCGCAAGUGAAAUGCGUGAACGUGAGCGAUCCGCCUCGCCGGAACUUGCGCGUGCGCUGCCGGCCCGGGUCGAACCCAUUCAUACGCUCAUUUACAAAAAAGUUAAACAUUAUGAAGAGAGAAAAAUCGGUGCAACGCAAUUAACUGAACGUUUUCCGCGAGAAAAACUGCGCGUUUUCCUCGAGUCAGUUGCGCGCCGGACUGUCUGCGCAUACGCACGCACGCACGUGGCGAAGACGCGCGCGCUCACCUGCCGUAGAAACAAAUAA